AAAAAACAUUUAAACAAUAUGACAAAAUGGUAAUGAUGUAGCCAACCAGCCAAGUUCAUGAAUCCAACCACUGGUCCGGCCCCCUAUAUAAACCCAUCUCCACGAUAUGGCCUCCUCCACAACACCAAUAGAUAUAUAUCCAAAUUAACAUAUACAUAUAAUUCGAAAAAUUAUAAUUAUAAUAAACAUGCCUUCUUCUUCAGUAACAGAGGUAUCGAAAUGCAUGGUCUACCCGGACAAGAAGUCCGGCUUGGCCGACCUCCGCCUGUCGGUUUCCGACAUCCCCAUGCUCUCUUGCCACUAUAUCCAGAAGGGCGUGCUCCUCACGCGCCACCCUUUCUCCUCCUUCACCGACCUCCUCUCCUCCCUCCGCCGCUCCCUCUCCGCCGCCCUCUCCGCCUUCCCUCCCCUCGCUGGCCGCCUCUCCACCGCCCCCUCCGGCCACCUCUUCAUCUCCUGCAACGACGCCGGCGUCGAGUUCGUCGCCGCCUCGGCUGCGCACGUCACCAUCUCCGCCGUCAUCUCCCCUGACGACGACGUCCCGAUCGUCGUCCGUGAGUUCUUCGUCUACGACCGCCUUGUCAGCUACAACGGCCACAGCAAACCCCUGGCCGCCGUCCAGGUGACGGAGCUCGCUGACGGCGUCUUCGUCGGUUGCACUGUCAAUCACGCCGUCACCGACGGGACCUCCUUCUGGCACUUCUUCAACACAUUCGCCGACCUCACAAGCGGCACCUGCAAGAUCAAGCACUUGCCGGAAUUCUCCCGCGACACCGUCUUCGACUCUCCCGCCGUUCUCCAUUUCCCUCCGGGAGGUCCGCGUGUCACCUUCGCCGCCGACGAGCCUCUCCGGGAGAGGAUUUUCCAUUUCAGCAGGGGAGCCAUCUCGAAGCUCAAGCAGAGAGCAAACAACAGCAGCAGCAACGGUUUGUUGACGCCGUUGGUGGCGGAAACGGCCGUUAAGGAAGAGAUCCUGGGAAAGCAAAGCAACGACGGAUGGAAAUGUAACGGUAACGGAGAGAGUAACGGAAAGAUAAGUCAGUGGAAAGCGGGUGCGAAUAAGACAAAUAGCGAUCGGACGGAUGAGAUUUCGUCUUUCCAAUCUCUGAGCGCGCAGCUAUGGAGGUCGGUGACCCGCGCCAGGAAGCUCGAUCCGGCGAAAACGACGACGUUUCGGAUGGCCGUAAACUGCAGACACAGGCUCGAGCCGAGGAUGGAUCCGUACUACUUCGGGAACGCGAUUCAGAGCAUACCAACGACGGCGUUGGCCGGCGAUCUGCUGGAUCACGAUCUCCGGUGGUCGGCGAGUCUACUGCAUAAGAACGUGGUGGCUCACGACGACGCAACGGUCCGGCGGGGGAUCGCAGCGUGGGAGAGCAAUCCGAGGGUUUUCCCGCUCGGGAACCCCGAUGGCGCUUCGAUCACGAUGGGGAGCUCGCCGAGGUUUCCAAUGUACGACAACGAUUUUGGAUGGGGGAGGCCGUUGGCGGUGCGAAGCGGAGGAGCCAAUAAGUUCGACGGGAAGAUCUCGGCGUUUCCCUGCCGCGAAGGGAACGGAGGCGUGGAUCUGGAGGUGGUUCUCUCGCCGGAAACCAUGGCGGGGAUCCAGAACGAUCCCGAGUUUAUGCAGUACGUAUCUCAAGUCAGUAACGGUUGCUGAAACGAUGCCGUUUUGGGCUCCUCUUAUUUUUCUUGGAAUCGUGUUCUCUUCCUCUCGUUGGUCGGGAGACAAAUAUCUAAAUGAACGGUGAUUAAUUUGGACGGUUGGGAUUUGAGGGUUCGUGAUAUCGAUUUAAACGACGACGUUUUGUCGUCUUUACAUUAAACCGACCAGUCUAUCUACUUCCCCGUACGUCAAUGUAUAAAAAUUUCAUGUGAUUAAGAAUCAAGUUGGGUGUUCUAUCCCCGAUCAUGAACA